AUGUCGCGUUGGAAAAGACACCGGAAGAAAAUCGUUAUGGAGUCGAGAAAUGAAGAUUUCGAACUGUGGAAGGAUAAUGAAGAAGAAGAAAGUAGUUUACGACCAGCAACUAGGAAUACUACAAAUGAAAUGAGUCAGGUGGAUUUCGGUGAAAACUUGGAAGAUGUCGAUUAUGAUUGUCUCUUACCAAUGAUGAACUACGAAAGAAGAGAAAUUCAAGACUUUGAUAUUCGAAUUUCCGGCUACAUCAACUUUGUGCUCUCAGAGGGACUAUCAGAAAACUCUAUGGAUCGACUCGAUGGAAUGAUGUCGGUUAUUAAUGGAGCACCACCGCCCGUAUCAUUGGGUGUUAUCAAGCGAGAGUUGGAGCUGCUCCGUAACGAGGUUAUUCUUGAAAUGAACUUUUAUUGUCAUUGUUGUGGACGGAAGAAGAAAGGAAAACGAGACGAGUGCGAAGCAUGCCUGAAACCUGAAAUGAUGCCUGAAACAAAUGUUACAUAG